AUGGUUAACUUUGGCAGGUGCUCCUCAUCUGUGAAUUCUGCCUGCUCCGUUUCUGGAGGUGAGGAAGUAUCAGGCGCGGCGGUGAAAUCAUGUGGCUUUCCCAUGCUUCUGGUCGACGUUAAUAACUUCAUGCUUACAGUCACAGAUCGUCCCUUACUGAUUCGGUUGAUUCGGUUAAAUGAUGCAACAAAAUUUGAUGAGAACCAUACCGGUUUCACCCCUGCCUGUAGAUUUGGGUUUCAUAAUCAAAUCGAGCUAAUUGGACUACACGCAACUUCCAGGUUUUGUGAUACUGCUGAAUGUGUGUUUGUGUGUUUUGAUGGUGUGAUGAGUAAGUUACAUAACCUCAAAGCAAGCAAAGCUGGCCAGAUGCUGGCUGUAGAUGGUGUUAACCCUGAAGACAUUCAGCUUCCUCCGUUUAUUGCAGAUAUGGAAAGCAAGACUUCCACUUUCCAGGGAGGUAGCGAUGACGACGGGGACGACGGUAUAGAUGAUAAUCCAGUGUCGACUAAGCUGAUGCUGUAG